AUGCAUGCCAACGGGCGGGUGACUGUGGAAAGACAGGAGACGUUGGAGCGGAUCUCGAAGACGGGCGACUUGGUGGUCUUUCGCGGUGGCCCGUCUUUCGUUACAACCGCGAAAGACGACGGGAAUCAGGACAAGUUUGAAACUCAAGAUCGAGUUUGGUCCAUCUCGACAAUAUCUUCGAUCCCAAGAUAUCAUGGAACCCAACGGAAUUUACGUUAUUCUUUCCGUCAAUGCGACGGAGUAUCAUUGGGGAUCUAUGUCACCGGCGACGACCUGCGCCAGGGCGGCGUUGUUCACCACGCCAACAACAAGACAGGCGGUUGGUCUUACGAGCGCAAAUAUACCAACAAUCUUGUUCGUUCGAAAAUGUUAGCAUUGGCACUGAAAGUCGGAACCGUCCCCCUGCCGCAGGGGCAUGCCCAAAUCGACCACAUUUUGGGCGAUCCGAAUAUGAUUUCGCAGGACUCGGGGUUUAGAUGUAGAGCUUGGGCGAUGGAUGCUGUGGCACGGCUGCAUGAUGCGGGCGUUGUGAAUGCGCCAGAUGUUUCGGGUGAUGGCCAAAGCGUAUGA